AUGAUUAAAGACAUUAUUAAAGACAUGAUUAAAGACAUUAUUAAAGACAUUAUUAAAGACAUGAUCAAAGACAUUAUCAAAGACAUGAUUAAAGACAUGAUUAAAGACAUUAUUAAAGACAUGAUUAAAGACAUGAUUAAAGACAUUAUUAAAGACAUGAUUAAAGAUAUUAUUAAAGACAUUAUUAAAGACAUGAUUAAAGACAUGAUUAAAGACAUUAUUAAAGACAUUAUUAAAGAUAUUAUUAAAGACAUGAUUAAAGACAUUAUUAAAGAUAUUAUUAAAGACAUGAUUAAAGACAUUAUUAAAGAUAUUAUUAAAGACAUGAUUAAAGACAUUAUUAAAGACAUGAUUAAAGACAUGAUUAAAGACAUUAUUAAAGACACGAUUAAAGGCAUGAUUAAAGACAUGAUUAAAGACAUUAUUAAAGACAUUAUUAAAGAUAUUAUUAAAGACAUGAUUAAAGACAUUAUUAAAGACAUGAUUAAAGACAUUAUUAAAGACAUUAUUAAAGACAUGAUUAAAGACAUUAUUAAAGACAUGAUUAAAGACAUUAUUAAAGACAUGAUUAAAGACAUUAUUAAAGACAUUAUUAGACAUGAUUAA